AUGAAACUCCCGGCAACCCUCUCUCUCAUUUUCGUACCAGCUGUAGUUCAAGCAGUACUGACUACGAGCUUUGACCCUGUGUACGAUAAUGUCAAUGGUUCUCUCGCUACCGUCGCCUGUUCCAAUGGGGCCAACGGUCUCCUCACUAAAGGUUUUACUACCUUUGGUUCUCUGCCCUCUUUCCCCUUCAUCGGGGGUGCGCCUGCUGUAACAGGCUUCAAUUCAGCUGGCUGUGGUACAUGCUGGAAACUUGCAUUCACCAAUUCCUCCAACAUUACCACGAGUAUCAACAUUCUAGCAAUUGAUGUUGCCACACCCAAUUUCAACAUCGCUCUGGCCGCUAUGAACAAUCUGACCAACAACCAAGCAGAGCAACUCGGUAGAGUUCCUAUAACUGCUACUCAGGUCGCCGCAUCCGUUUGCGGAUUGACAAUGUCAAUUGUAUUUCUGCACCCUCCUUUGAUUCCGAACAUCGCCUUUACAGUGACCAUAUGUGUCUAUGGCUGCCGUAGUGAUGCUUCAAACUUCAAAAUGUCGAUUACUUGA